GCGCGGCCCCCGGUCCCGCGCCCCGCACAGGCGCCGCCGCCGCCGCGCUGGGCAUCCCCCUCCCCGCGCUCCUCGCCAUGCCCCGGGCGCCGCCGCUCCUGUGGUGGUGGCUGGCGACCUUCUCGGCGGCCGCGGCCUCGCUGCCCCCCAGCACCGGGGCCGCCACCCUGGCCUUCGUCUUCGAUGUCACCGGCUCCAUGCGCGACGACCUGAUGCAAGUGAUCGAAGGCGCGGGGCGCAUCCUGGAGCGCAGCCUGAGCGGCGGCAGUCAAGCCAUCGCCAACUAUGCGCUGGUGCCCUUCCACGACCCAGAUAUCGGCCCAGUGACACUCACAGCGGACCCAGAAGUGUUUCAGAGAGAGCUGAGAGAUCUCUAUGUGCAGGGAGGGGGCGACUGCCCGGAAAUGAGCAUGGGCGCCAUCAAAGCCGCCGUGGAGGUGUCCAACCCCGGCUCCUUCAUCUACGUGUUUUCCGACGCCCGUGCCAAGGACUACCACAAGAAGGACGAGCUGCUGCACCUCCUCCAGCGGAAGCAAUCGCAGGUGGUUUUCGUGUUGACCGGGGACUGCGGUGACCGCGCCCAUCCUGGCUACCGGGCGUACGAGGAGGUCGCCUCCGCCAGCUCCGGGCAGGUGUUCCAGCUGGACAAGCAGCAAGUGACCGAGGUGCUGAAGUGGGUGGAGUCGGCGAUCCAGGCCUCCAAGGUGCACCUGCUGUCCACGGACCACGAAGAGGAGGGUGAACACACGUGGCGGAUCCCCUUUGACCCCAGCCUGAAGGAGGUCACCAUCUCCCUGAGCGGGCCCGGGCCCCAGAUUGAGGUCCGGGACCCACUGGGGAGGAUCCUGCAGAAGGACGAGGGCCUCAACGUGCUUCUCAACAUCCCGGACUCGGCCCGGGUCGUGGCCUUUAAGCCCGAGCAUCCGGGGCUUUGGUCCAUCAAGGUCUACAGCAGCGGCCGCCACUCGGUGAGGAUCACGGGCGUCAGCGACAUCGACUUCCGGGCCGGCUUCUCCACGCAGCCCUCGCUGGAGCUCGGCCACACCAUCGAGUGGCCCCUGCAAGGGGUGCCCAUCUCGCUGCUGAUCAACUCGACGGGCCUGCAGGCGCCGGGCCACCUGGACUCGGUGGAGCUGUCGCACCGCUCCGGGCGGCCCCUCCUGACGCUGCCCACGCGGCUGCUCGCCAACGAGUCCACCCACCAGCUGUGGGGCGGGCCGGCCUUCCACGCCCCCCGCGAGCGCUUCUACCUCAAGGUGAAGGGCAAGGACCCCACGGGGAGCCCCGUCGUCCGCGUCUCGGGGGUCUCCUACAGCGGGGCAGACCCCGGCGCGCCCCUGGUGAGCAUGCCCCCCCGGAUCCACGGCUUCCUGCGGCGGCCGCUGCUGGUGUCCUGCGCCGUGCACAGCGCGCUCCCCUUCCGGCUGCAGCUGCGGCGCGACGGCGUCCGGCUGGGCGAGGAGCGGCUGCUGCAGGCCUCGGGGAACAGCAGCUGGGAGGUGCCCAGGGCGUCCCGGGCGGAGCAGGGCCUGUACGAGUGCGUGGCGGUCAGCGGGGCGGGGACUGGGCGCGCGGAGGCCCAGGUGCUCAUCACAGAGCCCCCGCCGCAGCUGCUCCCCGGCACCAACGUGACCGUGUCCCCGGGGGAGACCGCCCUCCUGGCCUGCCACGUCCUCAGCCAAGACCCCUACAACCUCACGUGGGUCCGGGACUGGCGCGCCCUGCCGGCCUCCGAGGGCCGAGUCUCCCAGCUGGCCGACCGGUCCCUGGAGGUCAGGGGCGUCGUCCCCAGCGACGGCGGGCGGUACCAGUGUGUGGCCAGCAACGCCAACGGCGCCUCGAGGGCAUCCACCUGGCUCCUGGUGCGAGAGGCUCCGACGGUCAGCAUUGACACCAGGUCCCAGCACUUCUCGCAGGGUGUGGAGGUGAAGGUCAGCUGCUCAGCCUCGGGGUACCCUGCCCCCCACAUCUCCUGGAGCCGUGAGGGCCUCGCCCUGCAGGAAGACAGCAGAAUCCGUGUGGAUGGCCAGGGGACACUGCUCAUUCGGGACUUGGCCCCGGAGGACGCCGGGAAUUACAGCUGCCGGGCUGCUAACGAAGUUGGCACGGACGAGGAGACGGUUACCCUCUAUUACACAGACCCCCCGUCCGCCUCUGCGGUGAGCGCCGUGGUGCUGGCUGGUGGGGAAGAGGCCAUGCUGGCGUGCAACGUGUCCGGGGUCCCCCCGCCCCGGGUCAUCUGGUAUCGAGGGGCUCUGGAGAUGAUCCUGGCGCCCGAGGCCCCCAGCACGGGGACCCUGCGGAUCCCAGCGGCCCAGGAGCGGGACGCGGGCGUGUACACCUGCCGCGCGGUCAGCGAGCUGGGCGACGCCUCUGCCCAGGUCCAGCUGGAGGUCGGAUACCCGCCGCGGCUGGUGGAGCGGCCCCAGGAGGUCACCGCGGAGCUGGGCAAGAGCGCCUUCCUCGCCUGCCGGGCCACGGGCCGCCCGCCCCCCACCGUCACCUGGCGUCGCGCUGACGGCCAGGCCCUGGGGCCCACGAGGGGCGGCAGGACGGGACAGCGCCACUCCGGAGUGCUGUUCUUUGAAAACGCAGCCCCGGAGCACCAGGCCUCCUACAUCUGCGAAGCGCGGAACGUCUUCGGGAAGGCCCAGGCGGAGACCCGGCUCGUGGUCACGGGACAUGCACCUCCGCAGAUCGCCAGCAGUGCUUCUGUGGUCCGGGUCCUGGAGGGACAGCCUGUGACCCUGCCCUGUGUCAUCCUGGCAGGGAGGCCCCUCCCCGAGAGGCGCUGGCUCAAGGCUGGACAGCCUCUCCCGCCGGGCGGGCGGCACUCGGUGCGGUGGGACGGCAGCCUGCACCUGGACGCGGCCCUGCCGGAGGACGCGGACACGUACAGCUGCGUGGCCACCAACGUGGCGGGCGCCCAGCACCGGGACGUGGAGCUGGCGGUGCAGGUGCCACCUCGGAUCCACCCGGCCGCCACCCACCAUGUCACCAACGAAGGGGUUCCGGUCUCUCUGCCCUGCGUGGCCUCGGGGGUCCCUGCGCCCACGGUCACCUGGACCAAGGACGCGCGCGUCCUGAGCGCCACCAGCGGCCACUACCACGUGAGCGGGGACGGCAGCCUGGCGGUCGCCCGGCCGUCACCCGCGGACGCGGGCGCCUACGUGUGCACUGCCACCAACGCCGUGGGCUUCUCCAGUCAGGAGAUGCGGCUCUCCGUGAACACCAAGCCCAGGAUCAAGGCGAGCAGCUCCUACGACGUGGGCACGGCCCCGAGAGUGACCGCCCGGGCCGGAGAGGGGGUGACGUUGGACUGUGAGGCCCAGGGCACCCCGACCCCACUGGUCACCUGGACCAAAGACCAGCGGCCUCUGCCAUCCGGCACCGACAGGCACCGCCUCCUCCCCUCCGGCUCCCUGCGCCUGGCCCCGGCCCAGGCCGAGGACAGCGGCCACUAUGAGUGCACGGCCAGCAACCCCGCGGGGGCCUCCGCACUGGGCUAUGUCCUCGAAGUGCGAGUGCCCCCGCAGGUGCAGCCCGGCCCCCGGGUGCUGAAGGCGCUGGCUGGAGAAGCCCUGGAUUUGAACUGUGUGGCCGAGGGCAGCCCAGAGCCCCAGCUCAGCUGGUCCAAGGACGGGGUGGCCCUGCGGGGUGCAGGCACCCCGGGCUCCAUCCACUUCGCAGCCGUGGGCCCCUCCGACGCCGGGACCUACGUGUGCGAGGCCUCCAGCAUCGCGGGGACCGACAUGUGGGAGCUAGAGCUGCGGGUGCUGGAACCCCCGCACUGGGGGGCGGAUGAGACGAACGGCCUGCUGGAGCGGGUGGCCGGGGAGAAUGCCACCCUGCCGUGCCCUGCCCAAGGGACCCCCAAGCCGCAGGUGGUGUGGCGGAAGGGCCUGCAACCCGAGCCCCUGAGUGGCCGCCCCGGCGCGGAGGUGCUGGACGGGGGGGCCCUGUUCCUGCCCUCGGUGUCCGUCACGGACAGCGGGGACUACGAGUGCCAAGCCACCAACGAGGCGGGCUCGGCGGCCAGGAGAGCCAAGCUGGCCGUGUACGGUAGUGGCCCCAGCAUCCGGGAGGACGGACGCAAGGCCAACGUGUCCGGCAUGGCGGGGCAGUCUCUGGCCCUGGAGUGCGACGCCAGCGGCUUCCCAACCCCCGACAUCCUGUGGCUCAAGGACGGGCAGCCGAUCCCCGAGGCAGGGGGCCACCGCCUCCUGGAUGGGGCGCGGACCCUCCACUUCCCCGGGGUCCAGGAGGACCACGCCGGCCGCUACUCCUGCCGGGCAGAGAACCGGGCCGGGAGCGCCCAGAGGGACUUCCACCUCCUGGUGCUCAUUCCUCCUUCAGUCCUGGGAGCUGAGGCUACCCAGGAGGUGCUGGGCCUGGCCGGGGCUGACGUGGAGCUGGAGUGCCGGGCUUCCGGGGUCCCCGCACCCCAGCUGGAGUGGACCAAGGACGGGCAGCCUGUCCUUCCCGGAGACCCUCACGUCCAGCUCCAGGAGGACGGCCAGCUUCUCAGGAUCACCAGCAGUCACCUGGGCGACGAGGGGCGGUACCAGUGCGUGGCCUUCAGCCCGGCCGGCCAGCAGACCAAGGACUUCCGGCUCAGAGUCCACACGCCCCCCACCAUCUGGGGCUCAAACGAGACGGGCGAGGUGUUGGUGAUGGAGGGGCAGGCGGCGCGGCUCCCGUGCGAGGCCCGAGGCGCGCCCGCUCCCGACAUCGCCUGGUUCAAGGACGGCGCCCCGCUGCCCGCCAGCGCCCGGGCCGUCUACGCCAGGGGCGGGCGGCAGCUGCAGCUGGGCCGGGCGCGGGGCUCCGACGCGGGCCUCUACACCUGCCUGGCCAGCAACCCCGCGGGCGUCACCGAGAAGGCCACCCGGCUGGAGGUGUACGUCCCCCCCACCAUCGAGGGCGCUGGCGGAGGCCCGUAUGCGGUGCAGGCCGUGGCGGGGAGGCCCGUGGCCCUGGAGUGUGUGGCCCGAGGCCACCCACCCCCCGCCAUCUCCUGGCAGCAUGAGGGGCUGCCGGUGACCCCGAGCAACAGCACGUGGCUGGAGGCGGAUGGCGCGCUGCGGCUGGACCCCCCCGGGGAGGCGAACCGGGGCCUCUACAGCUGCGUGGCCAGCAGUGCCGCCGGCGAGGCCGUGCUGCAGUACAGCCUCGACGUGCAGGUGCCCCCGCAGCUCCUGGUGGCUGAAGGCGUGGGCCAGGUGACCGCCGUCGCCGGACAGUCGCUGGACCUCCCGUGCCAAGCCUCGGGCUCCCCGAUGCCCCGCGUCCGGUGGCUGCAGAACGGCCGCCCGGCCGCCGAGCUGGCCGGGGUGCGGGUGAGCCCGCAGGGGGCCGCCCUGCGCAUCGAGCACGUGGAGCCCGGCCACGCCGGCCUCUUCGCCUGCCAGGCCACCAACGAGGCGGGCACGGCGGGGGCCGAGGUGGAGCUGACGGUGCAUGAGCUCCCGUCAGUGCACAUUGUUGGCGGGGAGAACAUCACGGCCCCUUUCCUGCAGCCAGUGACCCUCCAGUGUGUGGGGGCUGGCGUGCCUGCCCCCAGCCUCCGCUGGUGGAAGGACGGGGUGGCCCUGGCCACCUCGGGGGGCCACCUGCAGAUUGAGAAAGCAGACCUGAGGGAUGAAGGCAUCUACACCUGCGCUGCCUCCAGCCCGGCGGGGGAGAGCAAGAGGGACGUGGCACUGAAGGUCCUGGUGCCCCCCAACAUUGAGCCAGGGCCACUCAACAGGGCUGUGCUGGAGAAUGCCUCGGUGACCUUGGAGUGUCUGGCUUCGGGUGUACCCCCUCCUGAUGUCUCCUGGUUCAAGGAUGGCCAGCCUGCCGCUGCCCGGGCUGAGCUGGUGGUGUCCGCGGAUGGGAGAACCCUGCACAUUGAGCGCGCCCAGCUCGCAGACGCUGGGAGCUACCGCUGCGUGGCGUCCAACGUGGCGGGCAGCACAGAGCUGCAGUACGGCCUACGGGUCAAUGUGCCCCCCCGAAUCACGCUGCCUCCCAGCCUGCCAGGCCCCGUCCUGCUUGGCACCCCCGUCCGGCUGACCUGCCACGCCUCCGGUGCCCCCAGCCCCACGCUGGUGUGGCUGAAGGAUGGGAACCCUGUGUCUGCCACGGGGACCCCCGGGCUCCAGGUCUUCCCCGGGGGCCGGGUCCUCACCUUGGCCAGUGCCCGGGCUUCCGACUCGGGCAGCUACUCGUGCGUGGCCGUCAGCGCCGUGGGCGAGGACCGCAGGGACGCCGUCCUGCUGGUGCACAUGCCCCCCAGUAUCCUCGGGGAAGAGGUGAACAUGUCUGUCGUGGUCAACCAGUCGGUGGCCCUGGAGUGCCAGAGCCACGCGGUGCCCCCCCCGGAGCUGAGCUGGAGGAAGGACGGGAGGCCCCUGCGGCCUCGGCCCGGCCUCCAGCUCUCCCAGGACAAGGCCCUGCUGGAGGUGGGCAGGGCGGAGCCGGGGGACGCCGGCCUCUACACCUGCGAGGCCCUGAACCAGGCGGGCCGCUCCGAGAGGCACUUCCACCUGAACGUCUGGGUACCCCCAGCAUUCCCGGAGAGGGAGAUGCGCACCCUGAGCGUGACCGAGGGCCACCCUGCCAGGCUGACCUGCGACUGCCAGGGCGCCCCCUUCCCCAGCAUCUCCUGGAGAAAGGACGGUCAGCCCCUGCCUGGGGAGGGGCCCGGCCUGGAGCCCGUGCUGGCGGUGGGGCGCGCGCUGUACCUGGAGCGGACGCGGCUGGCCCAUGAGGGGACGUACACCUGCGAGUGCACGAACGCGGCCGGGACCGGGCGGGAGGACCAGAGGCUGGAGGUGCACGUCCCCCCUCAGAUCGCUGGCACUGGUGAGCCCUAUACGCAGGUCUCCGUGGCCCGAGACGGGGAGGCCAUCCUGGAAUGCAAUGCCACAGGGAGGCCUCUGCCCACGGUGUCAUGGGAGAAGGAUGGCCAACCCGUGAAGGCCAAGCCUGGUCUGUGGCUGCAGAACCGGGGCCAGAGCCUUCGUGUGGAGCACGCACAAGAGGCCCAUGCUGGGCACUACCUCUGCGUGACCGAGAACGUGGCUGGCAGGGCCGAGAGGAGGUUCAAGCUCUCUGUGCUAGUUCCCCCAGAGCUCACUGGAGACUCGGGCCCCCUGGCCAAUGUCACGGCCACUUUGCACAGCCCCCUGACUCUGCUCUGUGAAGCCACAGGGGUACCACCCCCUGAGGUCCGCUGGUUCCGAGAUGGGGCACCCAUCAGUCCAAGAGGGAGCACCUACCUCCUGGCAGGUGGCUGGAUGCUGAGGCUGGCAGAGGUGCAGGAGGCAGAUGGAGGUCUCUACUCCUGCCUGGCCCGCAAUGACGCCGGGGAAGCCCGGAGGAACUUCAACGUGGAGGUCCUGGUGCCUCCCAGGAUGGAGAACGAGGACGUGGAGGAGGUGGUCACAGUGCUGGAGGGAGGGACAGCUCAGCUCACGUGCAAUGCCACAGGCCACCCGCGGCCCAAGGUCACGUGGUUCAAAGACGGCUGGCAGCUCUCCCGGGAGGGAGUCCUCCUGCAGGUCUCCCAGGCCAACCUGUCCAGUGCCGGCCACUAUUCCUGCAUCGCCGCCAAUGCUGUGGGGGAGAAGACCCGCCAUGUCCAGCUCCGCGUCCUGGUGGCCCCCAGCAUCCAGGGAGUGGCGGAGGACAGCCCGGAUGAAGAGGUGACGGUCACCCUCAGCAGCCCGCUCUCCCUGAUCUGCGAGGCGCGGGCCGUCCCCUCCCCCAGCAUCGCCUGGAUGAAGGACGGGGCCCCUUUCGAGGCCUCCAGGAAUGUCCGGCUGCUGCCAGGCACCCAGGGGCUGCAGAUCCUGAAUGUCCAGAAGGAGGAUGCCGGCCAGUACACCUGUGUGGUCACGAACGAGCUCGGAGAGGCCGUGAAGAACUACCACGUGGAAGUCCUCAUUCCGCCCUCCAUCUCGAAAGACGACCCCUUGGGGGAGGCGGGCCUGAAGGAGGUGAAGACCAAGGUGAACAGCAGCCUGGCCCUGGAGUGCGAGUGCUGGGGCGUGCCCCGGCCCGCCAUCCGCUGGUACAAGGACGGCAGGCUGGUGACCCCCGACCAGCGGCUUCAGGUCCUAGGGGAGGGGCGGCUGCUCCAGAUCCAGCCCACUCGGGCCUCAGACUCGGGGCGCUACCUGUGCGUGGCCACCAACGUGGCCGGUGAAGAUGACCAGGACUUCAGCGUGCUCAUCCAGGUGCCCCCCCUGUUCCAGAAGGUGGGUGAGGCCAGUGCAGAUUUUGAGGCCCUGUCCCAGGAGGAGGAGGAGGCUCGGGGUGAGGUGACGGAAUUCCGGGAGGUGGUGGAGAACCACCCGGCCUAUCUGUACUGUGACACCAACGCCAUCCCACCGCCCGAGCUCACGUGGCACCGCGAGGGGCAGCCCCUCUCGGCCGCCGACGGGGUCUCCGUCCUGCAAGGCGGCCGGGUCCUGCAGAUCCCCCUGGCCCGCGCGGAGGACGCCGGGAGGUACUCCUGCAAGGCCUCCAACGAGGCGGGCGAGGACUGGCUGCACUUCCAGCUGCUGGUGCUGACCCCGCCCGUCAUCCUGGGCGACACGGAGGAGCUGGUGGAGGAGGUGACGGUGAACGCCAGCAGCGUGGUCAGCCUGCAGUGCCCGGCCCUGGGCAACCCCGCUCCCGCCAUCUCGUGGCUCCAGAACGGGCUGCCUGUCUCCCCGAGCCCGCAGCUGCAGGUCCUGGAGGAAGGGCGAGUCCUACAGGUCUCCACGGCAGACGUGGCGGACGCCGGCAGCUACAUGUGCGUGGCGGAGAACCAGGCCGGCUCCGCAGAGAAACUCUUCACCCUCCGGGUCCAAGUGCCACCACGGAUCACGGGCCAGAGCCCCGCGCAGCUCAGCGCCAUCGUCAACAGCAGCGUGUCUCCCUGCGAGGUCCACGCCCACCCGGCCCCCGAGGUCACGUGGUACAAGGAGGGCCAGCCCGUCCCCCUGGGCCAAGACGCCUUCCUCCUGCCUGGCACACACACGCUGCGGCUGGCGCGGGCGCGGCCAGCCCACGCGGGGCAGUACCUGUGCGACGCCCUCAAUGCCGCUGGCCGGGACCAGAAGGCGGUGCAGCUCAGCGUGCUGGUGCCCCCCAGCUUCGAGCAGGCUCCUGGCAGCGCCCCCGAGGCCGUGCUGGUGCGGGCUGGGGACAAGGCCACCCUGAGCUGUGACACGGACGCACUCCCGGAGCCCACGGUCACCUGGUACAGGGACCAGCAGCCUCUGGCCCCCGCGCAGCGGCUGCGGGUUCUGCAGGGCGGGCGGAAGCUGGAGAUCCUCACCUCCCAGGUUUCAGAUAAAGGUGUGUACAGUUGUAAAGUCAGCAAUGCGGCGGGGGACGCCAUGCGAACCUUUGUCCUCACCGUCCAGGUGCCCCCCACAUUUGAGAACCCUGGGACAGAGGUGGUGAACCAGGUGGCGGGGAACCCCCUGGUCCUGACCUGUGAUGUGUCCGGGGUCCCGGCGCCCACGGUCACUUGGCUGAAGGACAGAGUGCCGGUGGAUAGCAGCGUGGAGCUGGGCGUGGUCUCGAGGGGGGGUCGCCUCCAGCUGAGCCGCCUGCAGCCGGCCCAGGCCGGCACCUACACCUGCGUGGCCGAGAACGCCCAGGCCGAGGCCCGCAAGGACUUCACGGUGGCCGUGCUGGUGGCGCCCCAGAUCCGGAGCUCGGGCGUGGCGCAGGAGCACAACGUGCUGGAGGGGCAGGAGGCGCGGCUGGACUGCGAGGCCGACGGGCAGCCGCCGCCCCACGUGGCCUGGCUGAAGGACGGCGGCCCGCUGGGCCCCCACCUCCGGUUCUUCCUGGACGGCGGCUCGCUGGUGCUGAAGGGCCUGAGGGCGGCCGACUCGGGCGCCUACACCUGCGUGGCCCGCAACCCGGCCGGCGAGGACGCCAGGCUGCACGCGGUGAACGUGCUGGUUCCUCCCACCAUCGAGCCCGGAGCGGGCGGCGCAGGGCCGCUGCGGAGCAAGGCCGGGGAGCCGGUGACCAUGGCGUGCCCCACGCGGGGCUCGGGGCCGCUGCGCGUGAGCUGGCUCAAGGACGGCCUGCCGCUGCCGCUGUCCCAGCGCACGCGCCUCCACGGGGCCGGCCGCACGCUCAGGAUUUCCCAGGUGCAGCUGGCGGAUGCAGGCGUCUUCACGUGCGUGGCCUCCAGCCCCGCGGGCGUGGCGGACAGGAACUUCACCCUGCAGGUGCUUGUGCCUCCCGUCCUGGAGCCCGUGGAGUUCCAGAAGGAUGUGGCAGUGGUCCGCGGCUCCUCGGUGACCCUCCCGUGCGAGGCGUGGGGUAGCCCCCAGCCCCUGGUGUCCUGGAGGAAGGACGGGGAGCCCUUGGGGACCCGGAGCCUCCAGCAGGGCCCCGGCUUGCAGCUGGAGAUGGUGGGCGCGGACGACGCGGGGAGCUACUCGUGCGCGGCAGCGAACGAGGCCGGGGAGGCUCAGAGGCGGUUCCAGCUCACCGUGAUGGAUCCCCCCCGCAUCGAGAACUCAGACCAGCUUACAGAGAUGUCGCUGGUGCCCGGCGCCCCCAUGGAGCUGCUGUGCGAUGCCCACGGGGUCCCCCCGCCCAACAUCACCUGGCAAAAGGACGGGCAGACCCUGGCCGGGCCAGACAACCACCGCCCAGCCCAGCGGCAGCUCCGGGUAGAGAGUGUCCAGGUGGGUGACGCUGGACUGUACACCUGCCUGGCAGAGAGCCCUGCAGGGGAAGUGGAGAAGAGCUUCCGGGUCAAGGUUCAAGCACCCCCUCACGUGCUGGGGCCCCGGGGCCCCCGCGCCGUGGUUGGCCUGGCCCCGGGGCAGCUGGUCUUGGAGUGCUCGGUGGAGGCGGAGCCAGCGCCCCAGAUUGAGUGGCACCGGGACGGCGUCCUGCUGAAGGAGGACGCGCACACGCGGUUCCCCGAGCGGGGCCGGCUCCUCCGGAUGCAGGCCCUGAGCACGGCCGACGGCGGCCGCUACAGCUGCACGGCCCGCAACGCGGCGGGCAGCACCCGCGUGGACUUCCACGUCGAGAUCCACACGGCACCCGCCAUCCAGCCGGGACCACCCGUCGUCAACGCCUCUGCGAACCACACGGCCCUGCUGCCCUGCCGGGUGGAUGGCGUACCUGCCCCCCUCCUGAGCUGGAGGAAAGACGGGGCCCCCCUGGAUCCUGACAGCCCCAGGCUGGAGUUCCUCCCCGAGGGCUCCCUGAGGAUCCAGCCAGUCCUCGCCCAGGACGCUGGCCACUACCUGUGCCUGGCGUCCAACUCGGCCGGCUCUGACCGGCAAGGCCGGGACCUCCGCGUCUUUGAGCCUCCAGCCAUUGUCCCCGGCCCCUCCAACCUGACCCUGACCGCCCACAGCCUGGCCUCGCUGCCCUGUGAGGCCAGCGGCUCCCCUAAACCCCUGGUGGUCUGGUGGAAGGAUGGGCAGAAGCUGGACUUCCGCCAGCAGCAGGACACCUACCGGCUCCUGCCCUCCAACGCCCUGCUGCUCACGGCGCCCAGCCCACAGGACUCCGCCGAGUUUGAGUGCGUGGCGAGCAACGGGGUGGGCGAGGCCCGCCGGGUCUACCGGGUGACAGUCCACGCGCCCCCCACCAUCGCCGAUGACCAGAUGGACUUCACGGUGACCAGGAUGGCCCCCGUGGUCCUGACCUGCCACAGCACGGGCGUGCCCACCCCGACCGUGUCCUGGAGCAGGGCGGGCACCCCGCUGGGGCCCCGGGGCGGCGGCUACCGGGUCCUACCCUCAGGAGCCCUGGAGAUCGAGCACGCCCUCCCCAUCCACGCUGGCAGCUACACCUGCACCGCACACAACUCUGCCGGCGUGGCUCGCAAACACAUGGUCCUCGCUGUGCAAGCCCCCCCAGUGGUGAAGCCGCUGCCCAGCACGGUGGAGGCGGUGGCGGCCAGGGAGGUGCUGCUGCCCUGCGAGGCCGUGGGGGUCCCCCGGCCCACCGUCUCCUGGCAGAAGGAGGGGCUGAGCAUCCCGGCGGGCGCGGGGGCCCGGGUGCUGCCCAGCGGACACCUGCGGAUCGCCCAGGCCGGCCCGGAGGACGCCGGGAACUACCUGUGCGUCGCCCAGAACGGCGCGGGCAGCGCGGUGGCCAAGACGCGGCUGCUGGUGCUCGUCCCACCCGUGAUCGAGAGCGGCCUCCCAGACCUGUCCACCGUCGAGGGCUCCCACGUCCUCUUGCCCUGCGCGGCCAGGGGCAGCCCUGAGCCGGACAUCACCUGGGAGAAAGACGGCCGCCCCGUGUCGGGGGCCGAGGGCAGGCUCGCCGUCCAGCCCUCCGGGGAGCUGCUGGUGAAGAACUCGGAGGGCCAGGACGCGGGCACCUACACCUGCACGGCUGAGAACGCCGCGGGCCGCGCCCUCCGCCGCGUGCACCUCUCCGUCCUGGCGCUGCCUGAGUUCACCACGCUGCCCGGGGACCGCAGCCUGCGCCGCGGCGACCCGCUGUGGCUUCGCUGCGCGGCUCGCGGCAGCCCAACGCCCCGCAUCGGCUGGACCCGCCACGAGCGACCCGUCACAGAGGGGGUGUCGGAGCAGGACGGGGGCAGCACUCUGAAGCGGGCGGCCGUCAGCCGGGAGGACAGCGGGGCCUACACGUGCUGGGCCGAGAACAGGGUGGGCCGCGUGCAGACCGUCAGCUUCGUCCACGUGAAAGAAGCCCCCGUCCUGCAAGGCGAGGCCUUCUCCUCCCUGGUGGAGCCUGUAGGGGGCAGCAUCCGGCUGGACUGUGCGGUCCAGGGAGACCCCGCACCCGACAUCCGGUGGACCAAGGAUGGCCUUCCACUGCCCAGCAGCCGGCUCCGCCUCCGCCUUCAGAACGGCUCGCUGUCCAUCCGCAGGACCGAGGGCAAGGAUGCCGGACGGUACCAGUGCCUGGCAGAGAACGAGCUGGGCAGCGUGACCAAGGUGGUGACCCUCGUGCUGCAGAGUGUCCCCGUAUUCCACGUGGAACCCCAGGACGCUGCAGUGAGACCCGGAGAGGACGUGGUGCUGCAGUGCCAGGCCACCGGCGAGCCGGCGCCCACCAUCGAGUGGCUGAGGGCGGGGCGGCCCCUGCAGACCGGCCCACGGCUCCAGACGCUGCCCGACGGGACCCUGUGGCUGGAGCGCGCCCAGCCUGGGGAUGCGGGCACAUACGAAUGUGUCGCUCACAACCUCCUGGGCUCCGCCUCGGCCCAGGCGCUCCUGGUCGUGAGAGGGACACCCCGGGGGAGUCGGGGCAGCAUGGCCGGGGUGGUCAACGGCCAGGAACUUGGCGUGGCUGCUCUCAACACCAGCGUCCAGCAGGAGGGGCGCGCGGGGGCCACCACCACCCGGAGCAGCAUCGGCCGCGUCCCAGCCAACCUGGGGCCUCUGCUGCGGACUCUGGUAGUCGCCAUCUCCCCCAUCUACUGGGCCCUGGCUGGAGAGAGUGGCGCCGCCCUAAACGGCCACUCCCUGACGGGUGGCCACUUCCAGCAAGAGUCCCACGUGGAGUUCGCUACAGGGGAGCUGCUCACGCUGGCCCAGGUGGCGCGGGGCCUGGAUCCCCAGGGAUUCCUGCUUCUGGACGUGGUGGUCCACGGCACCGUUCCCGAGAGCCUGGCCGAGGCCGACCUCCUCGUGCAGGACUUCGAGGAGCGCUACGUGCAGACGGGCCCUGGCCGGCUGUUUGUGGACGCCACCCAGCGCCUCCUCCACGACGGCCGCGCCACAGCCCUGCGCUGCAACCACAGCAUCGAGUACGAGGCGGCCCGGGGGCCCCAGCCGCAGCUGGUGCAGCACCUGCGGGCCUCCCGUAUCAGCUCGGCCUUUGACCCCCAGGCCCAGGCCCUGCGCUUCCAGCUCACCGCAGCCCUGCAGGCUGAGGAGGACGACGUCGGCUGCCCCGAGGGCUUUGAGCUGGACACCCAGGGCGCGUUCUGUGUGGACAGGGACGAGUGUUCGGGGGGCCCCAGCCCCUGCUCCCACAGCUGCCACAACGCGCCGGGCCGCUUCUCCUGCUCCUGCCCCGAAGGCUUCGCCCUGACCCGGGACGGCCGGCGCUGCAGAGACGUGGACGAGUGUGCGUGGGAGGCCCGCCCCUGCCGCGAGGGCCAGCGCUGCGCGAACCUGCUCGGGUCCUACCGCUGCCUCCCCGCCUGCGCGGCCGGCUUCCGCGUGGCGGCUGACGGGGCCGGCUGCGAAGAUGUGGACGAAUGCUUGGAACAGUUGGACCAGUGUCAUGCCAGCCAGCUGUGUGAGAACACUGCCGGCGGCCACCACUGCAGCUGCCCCCGGGGGUACCGCCUCCAGGGCCCAGGCCUGCCCUGCCUAGACAUCGACGAGUGCUUGCAGCUGCCCAGGCCCUGCGCCCACCGGUGCCACAACCUCCAGGGCGGCUACCGCUGCGUGUGCCCGCCGGGCCGGGCGCUCCUGUGGGGCGGCAAGGCCUGCGCCCCGCUGCAGCCCGGCGAGGACAACGCCACCACCCUCAGCCAUCGGGGCUCCUCCCGCGCCUGGUGCCCCCCCGGCUUCAUCCGGCAGAACGGCGUCUGCGCGGAUCUCGACGAGUGCCGCGUGCGGAGCCUGUGCCAGCACGCCUGCCGCAACACCGAGGGCAGCUACCGGUGCCUCUGCCCCUCCGGCUACCGCCUGCUCCCCAGCGGCAGGGCCUGCCAGGACAUCAACGAGUGUGAGGAGGACGGCAUCGAGUGCGAGCCCAGCCAGAUGUGCUUCAACACCCGCGGCGGCUACCAGUGCGUGGACACGCCGUGCCCUGACACCUACCGGCCGGGCCCCGGCCCCGGGACCUGCUUCCGCCGCUGCUCGCGGGACUGCAGCGCCCCGGGCGCGUCCACCCUGCAGUACCGGCUGCUGCCGCUGCCCCUGGGCGUGCGCGCCCGCCACGACGUGGCCCGCCUGGCCGCCUUCUCCGAGCCCGGCGUCCCCGCCAACCGCACCGAGCUCCGCGUGCUCCAGCCCGACCCCCGCAGCCCCUUCGCCCUGCGCCCGCUGCGCCCGGGCCAGGGCGCCGCCGUCUACACCCGGCGCGCGCUCACCCGGCCCGGCCUCUACCGGCUCACCGUGCGCGCCGCCGCCCCGCGCCGCCAGAGCCUCUUCGUGCUGCUCAUCGCCGUCUCCCCGUACCCCUACUGAGGCCCCGGCGC